GUCGGUGUGCUGUGCGGUGCUGUGCGGUGGUCUCGGUGGCGGGAGCUCUGGCCGCUGUGCCCAGUGACAUGAGGAAUGUUUCGGGUGCGGAGCCAUCUGCCAUCUCCCCGCCGCGGCCUCGCUAUCCCGGGGGUGACCGUCCCCUCACACUCACUGUUUAUGAUGAACGAGAGGUGAGGUGAAGUCACCCUCCAUUGCACUGUCUGAGCAGAGUGUUCUGUGACCAUGGGAGACAGCAAGAAGCCACUGGACAACCUGAGCCAUGUCCUGUAUGACCGCUUCAUCCAGGCCACCACCUGCAAAGCCACCUUUCAUGGGUUCCAGGAGCUGUGCAAGAACCUGGAUCUUGAAAUCCCUGACUACCCCAACUUCUUCACCAAACUCAAGGCCAAACUCAACUACUGGAAAGCAAAAGCUAUCUUUGCUAAACUGGACAAGCGAGCAAGUCACAAGGACUACAAGAAGGGCAACGCCUGUGCUGACACCAAGUGUAUGGUGAUCGGAGCUGGUCCCUGUGGCUUGCGCAUAGCCAUCGAAUUAGCAUUCCUUGGAGCCAAAGUCAUCCUGGUUGAAAAGCGGGACACGUUUUCCCGCAACAACGUGCUGCAUCUCUGGCCAUACACCAUUGUCGACCUACGCAACCUGGGCGCCAAGAAAAUCUAUGGCAAGUUCUGUGCUGGAGCCAUCGACCAUAUCAGUAUCCGACAGCUACAGCUGGUGCUGCUGAAGUUGGCCCUGAUCAUGGGCAUCGAGAUCCAUCUAAACAUAGAAUUCCGUGGACUCAUUCCACCCAGAGGCACCGGGAAUACACCUUUGGGUUGGAGAGCGGAUUUGAAACCUUCCGACAGCUCUGUGGCAGAUUUCCAGUUUGAAGUUAUAAUUGGUGCAGACGGGCGGAGGAACACUCUGGAAGGGUUUCGGAGGAAAGAGUUUCGUGGCAAGUUAGCAAUCGCCAUCACAGCCAACUUCAUCAACCGACACACCAGAGAGGAGGCAGCGGUGGAGGAGAUCAGCGGCGUGGCAUUUAUCUUCAACCAGAAGUUCUUCCAGGACCUGCGGGAGGCCACAGGUAUCGAUUUAGAGAACAUUGUUUACUACAGAGAUGAUACGCACUACUUUGUGAUGACUGCCAAAAAGCCUAGCCUCCUGAGUAAGGGCGUCAUACUCCAGGAUUACCCUGACACAGACAGGUUGCUUUCCCGGAAUAACGUGGAUCAGGAUGCACUGCUGAACUACGCCAGGGAGGCAGCCGACUUCUCCACCAAUCAACAGCUCCCCCGCCUGGAUUUUGCCAUUAACCACUAUGGGCAGCCUGACGUGGCCAUGUUCGACUUCACGUGCAUGUAUGCUUCAGAAAAUGCCUCAUUGAUCCGGGAGGAGAGCGGACAGCGUUUGCUGGUGACCCUGGUUGGGGACAGCUUAUUGGAGCCGUUCUGGCCAAUGGGAACUGGCAUUGCCCGAGGAUUUCUGGCUGCGUUCGAUUCUGCCUGGAUGGUGCAAAAAUGGGCACAGGACACAAACCCCUUGAGCAUUGUGGCAGAGAGGGAACUGAUUUACAGAUUGUUGCCUCAGACAACGCCACAGAAUAUCAAUAAGAACUUCAACCAGUACAGCAUUGACCCCAGCACCCGCUACCCGAAACUCAAUCUCCAGAUCACUUCAACUGAUCAGGUCCGGCACUUGUAUAAUCCCGGUCAGGGGAAAGAGUUGGAAGUCCAACUUCCUCGCACCCCAUCCAUCAAGCCCAAUGAAAGCAUGGCCCGUGCCCACAAACUGCUCACCUGGUGCCAGAAGCAGACGCAGGGUUACAAGAAUGUCAAUGUAGUUGAUCUGACUUCUUCGUGGAAAAGUGGCCUGGCGCUCUCCGCCAUCAUCCAUCGCUAUCGACCAGACCUAAUAGAAUUUGACAGUCUGGAUGAAAAAGAUGUGGAGAAGAACAAUCAGAUGGCAUUUGACUUGGCAGAACACGAGUUUGGAAUCUCUCCGAUCAUGACAGGGAAGGACAUGGCGUCUGUGGAGGAGCCGGACAAGCUCAGCAUGGUCAUGUACCUGACCCAAUUUUAUGAGAUGUUGAAGGACGUGACCCCUGAAGAAUACCUGCAGGGCUUUCAUCAAAAAUCUGAUAAUCUGCCUGGGAAAUCACCAAUCUCCUUCCUGAGCAAACUGGGACAAAGUCUUAGCAAGCGUGUGAAGGAUAACACUGAAGAAGUUGCUAGUGUAGGACAGUUGAGAACAAAAUUUCAGCGAGAUCAGAGAAAUGUUAAAAGACAGGGACCUAGAAAAGCAAGCAACCUGCAAGCGUUACUGCAGCAAGACACAGAGAGAAGUAAACAACUAGUUAGCAGGACCAAGCCAUUCGACACAGAAGAUGAAGAUUGUCGUCCUGAGAAGCCAGUUGAUGUAAAGUCUGUGCUGUCAAAAUUCGAGGUGAAUGCUCCUGGCCCAUCUUCAGCCUUUAAAAGACAGCGUCCGCACCUCCCCCAUAAGGAACGCCUUCUCCAGCGACCUGGCGGCAGGCAAAGGAACCCCUCACGGCUUGCUCCUGCACCACAGUGGAGACAGGGCAGAGAUCCAAGCCGAUCUGGAACAUGUCCCAAGAAGAUAAUCUCCCUGUCCUCGCCUCAGUCUCCCGCUCACCCCUGCUGCCGACAGGACAUGGAUAUACUCUCUGAGGAUGUGUGUGCCGAUAAGUGGCAACAACCGAUUAGAUGCAGCCCCUCAGCUCCUCCCUCUUUGCCUUCCCGCAGUGCAUACCGUGAGGGAUGUAGCAGGCUUUACACAGGGGGUGUCAGUUCACUGGCACAACAGAUCACCAGUCAGCUUCACCGCCAAGAUGUGCCUGGGCCAUUCCAGGAGAAACGGGUCCUGCCAUCGAUGAGGAUGCCUGUCUCUCAGUAUAUGGGUGACAGUGACGUGUGCUACUUCUGUGGAAAGCGGGUGUACGUCAUGGAGCGUUUGAGCGCAGAAGGUGUUUUUUUCCAUCGAGGCUGCUUCAAAUGUAACUACUGCGGCACCACCCUGCGGCUCUCCUCCUACGCCUUCAACCCGAAUGAUGGAAACUUUUACUGCAAACCUCAUUACCGUCAGUCUUCAACCAGGAAGCGACCAGCAGAGGCUACAUCUCGGUUCCGGGAAAAAGCGUCUGCCCGUCCGCGCCCGACUCUGAUAUCCUCUGGAAUGGGCCAUUACCAGACCGCCUGCCAGGAAGACUCCCCAGCUGCUGUGGAAGAGCCCAGUCAGCCGAAGCGUCUGCGUGGCACGCCGGAGAGGAUUGAGCUGGAGAACAUCCGGGUCUCCCUGGAACGUGAAGAGGAGCUUGAGGAAGUGCCUGAGGAGACCCUCGCUGAGCACAACUUGAGCAGUGGUCUGGGGAAAGGCAGCCAGGAGCCUGCGAGCAGCAGUUCUGAAUCAGAGAUGGAGGAGCAGGAAGAGGAGGAAGAUGAAGAGGAGGAGGAAGAGGAAGAAGGUGAGGAGUUGCCACCAUCAGACCUGGGUGGAGUUCCAUGGAAUGAGGCAGUGAGGAGACAUCAGCUGCUGAAAGGCACAGCUGGGGUAGACACAGAUCCUGAGGCCGAGGAAGAGUCUGAAUCCAGCGAAGAGGGGGAGUACAGCCCCUGGGAGAAGGAGCUCCAGUUCGGACUCUGGCUUCGUCGCCUGUCCGAUGAAGAGGACGGUCUUCCGUUCCGAGCUUCGAGCCUGCGGGUGCAGCAGAUUGUCAACCCCAUCGACCCAUUCGAUAUCAAAGCAGACGUGCACUGGACACACAUCAGAGGCGAGGAAGAUGCAGCCUCCCCCAGCAGCCCUCCCUCCGCAGCAUCCAGCGCUCCCUCAGUUCGGAACGAAGCCGUGCGGGCUUGGUUGGAGUCUCUGUCCGGAGUCCCGGAGGAUGACAAUGAGCUGGAGUCGUGCCCUGAGCUGGCAUGGGAUGAGGGAGCAGGGGGCGAGGACAAUGAUAUUGCAUCAGAUGCAGAGGCCGAGAGUCUGUUAGCUACAGACCAGCACAGGCUGGAGGAGGCCGAGCAGGAGGACGGGAGCGAGGAGAUGGAGCACCCAGGGAGGAUGGGUACAUCUGAAGGAAUGAGCCCAGCAGAAUCACCAGUUGGGGACAGGCCUCUACAACCAUUAGUCUGUACCAAGCCGGAGUCCUCUCAGGAUGAGGGAGAGCUCGUAUCUCCCCUUAAAUCUCCUGGCUUCCCAUUCCCGGUACCGUUCCUGCUCGGAUCUGCAGGUCUGGAGCCCAGGUCUGGGAGUUCUCAGCAAGCCACCAGCGCGAUCCUUGCUGUCCUCCCAAUCCGUUCACAGCCUGCGCCCAGCAUCCCAGAUGCUGCUUCGCAAAAUAGGCAAAUCCAGCCUCAGUCACUCACUGGCUCUGAGGUGGCGAGUCCCGGUCAGUCCCCUGUAUGUUCCCAACCAUUGUCCUCACCAGAAGCAUCUAAUCCAACCUCUUCUCAGUCGCCAGUUAGGUCCCAGCCAGUCUUCACCACGUUGAUGUCCACUCCGGCAAAUGACAACACAGUCAGGAUUAGCCUGGGCGAGUGUGAUCACAAGCUCGCUCGCCGGACCUUCUCAGACGAAGAGCAUGUCUCCAAGUUGGACACCAUUGAUGAGUUUUGGUUGAAAAGCAUGGAAAUAAGGAAGAGCCUCGGGGUGAGACCUGCGGACAGAUCGGGCAGCUCGGAGACCAGCUUCACCCUGUCCACCCCAGAGUCCACGUCCCCAAGGUCCUUCACCCCCGAGGAGACACCCGAAGAGCACAAGAGACCGCAACCCAUCAUCAGAACCCCAACUCUCACCAUGGCUGAAAGGCAGAGGCUUCCGGGCUUAACAUCCACUGCCAGUGAAACCCGGAGCGUGAUCAGCGCCCCCAAGGACCUGACCAGCACCUCCGGGCUGGGACUGAACGGCAGCCUAACCCUGACCGUGACAGGCACCAGUGAUAGCUUCAACAACUCAGACAUCAUGCUCACACCGCCCUCCAGCCCGCCCCCGCCACCCCCCGCUGAUGAGGAGCCGGCCACCCUCCGCAGGAAGAAGCACUAUGCUGAUUGGCAGGCCCAGACCCAACCCUCCCCACUAUCCGCCCCCGGCACCUCGUCUCCGUCCCCAGCGCCACCGAGGCCCAACGAUGUGAGAAAGUCGCUGGCCGAGAGCAUCGACGAGAUUCCUUUUGCUGACGACGUGGAGGACACGUAUGAGGACAAGACCCCCGACAGUAGCCUGCAAGAGAGAUUCUACACUCCGCCCAGCGGCAAGCCCAGAGCAGACAAGCUUCCUGACCUACCCUUGUCCCAGGCUUCGCCAUCGCCGGGAACCAUCCUCAGCCGGCGCUCCCUGCCCCAGAUCUCGCCCGAGGCCAAGGAAGUGGCUGAGGAAAGGAUGAGAGCACGGGAGAAGUCAGUGAAGAGCCGGGCACUCCGGGAUGCCAUGGCCAAACAGUUGAGUAAGAUGAAGGACAUGGAGGUGGUGAGUGAGGCCAGACCCCGGCCAAACCUCCCCAUGUCCUCGACGCCCAGGGAGCUCGAGCUUGAAGCCGAAACGCUAAAGCCCCAGGUCUUCUGGCUGAAGGACAGCCACCGGCUGCUGCAGGAAACGCCGGUGGACAGGCAACCUGGCCGGUCUCAGGACCAGGGCUCGGCAGCCUCCUCGGACAGCUCGGCCAGUAAAAGCAAGAAGCGGAGUUCGCUGUUUUCGCCGCGCAAGAAUAAGAAAGAGAAAAAAUCCAAGACGGACGGCACACUGCCUGACAGAGCUGGAACCAGCCACGAGGAGGCCACCAAACCUAGGUCAAUUUGGAAGUCCGUCUUCUCCGGCUACAAAAAGGACCGGAAGAAGAAAGAAGAGAAAGGGUGUUCCAGCUCCCCAUCCAGCUCCACCACCAUGGACUCCGGCAGGAAGCAGACCACUGACAUUCUCCGCACCGCAGCAGAGCUCCAGUUGCGACGACACCUCAGUUUCUCGGAGGACUCAGACCUGUCCAGUGACGACAUCCUGGAGCGCACGUCACAGAAAUCCAAGCGUGAGCUGGUUGACAUAUUUGACCAUGUGUCAGAUUGGCACAGAAGGAAGGAAGAGUCUAUGUAUGUUCCACAUGCCUUGGCAUUCAAGAGAUCAUACACAUCAAAGAAACCCUACACCGAGGAAGAGCUGAACGCUAAGCUAACUCGCAGGGUGCAGAAAGCUGCUCGCAAACAAGCCAAGCAGGAGGAGCUGAAGAGGCUGCACAGAGCACAGAUCAUCCAGAGGCAGCUGGAGCAGGUGGAGGAGAAGCAGCGGGAGCUGGAGGAGCGAGGUGUGGCCGUGGAGAAGGCACUGCGAGGGGAAGCAGACUAUUGGGGAGAGUCUAGUUACACUGAUAUCAUCGACUUGCACCUGGGUGUUGAGCCCUCUGUCGGAACUCCUCGCCGAAGAGCCCUUUCCUUCUGCCCUUGCUGCGCCCACGAUCGAGGAAUGGGAAAGAAAGACGACCCCCGACUCAUGCAAGAGUGGUUUAAAUUGGUCCAAGAGAAGAACACAUUGGUGCGGUAUGAGUCUGAGCUGAUGAUAUUUGCGCGAGAGCUGGAGCUGGAGGAUCGGCAGAGCAGGUUACAGCAGGAGCUGCGAGAACGCAUGGCCAUCGAUGACAAUCUGAAGAGCAGUGCGGAGCUGGGAGAGGAGAAGAGGAUCCUGAACGAGAUGCUGGAGGUGGUGGAGCAGCGGGACUCACUUGUCGCUCUUCUGGAGGAACAACGGCUCCGGGAGAAAGAGGAGGACAAGGAUCUGGAGGCUGUGAUGCUUACAAAAAGCUAUAACUUGAACUGGUCAUAACCCCUGCUGCAACUUCAGCCCACACCCUGCCAAAGGCAGACCUUGCGUAGAUGCUGCUGGUGGGUGGGGAGCAGAAUGUCAAGCAAUUGCUGGGAUAUGGAAAAAGUAAUCUGGGAACUCAGGUGACCCAGAAGGAGUGAAGGCAACACAGGUACCAGCGGGGAUGGGAGGAGACCACUUUGUGUGACAAGCUCGAUGCUGGAGAAUUUGUGAAAGGCCCGAGGUGAUUUUCUGACAUUACCUACGCGAGAGCUGUGUCCGUGACCCCGUUAUAAGGUGAUCGACCUUCUGAGUUUUGACGAAGGUUGAAAGGACCCUCCCUGUCAUUUCCUGGCACUGAGAGGCCGGCCUAGCAGUCUGGGACAGAACAGCCAUGCUAUACCAGUCUGGUACACAUGCUCACAUAGAAGUUACACAUACAAUACUCACAAUGAGGCUGUGCUGUAUCUGUCUGUUACUAUUACACGCCCCCUCGUGGAGGCCAUGCUAUACCCGUCUUUUGGGUAGGGGAGGGGGGAGUGAAAAGAGAAAAAAAGCACUGCCACGUAAGUUUUCCUGUUAUUCCCACUCGAUCUCCCCCACCCCAUUAGAUUCUUCCACCGAAGGGCAAACACGCAUGACCUUGCCUGACACUUUCGAGUGGCAGUGACACAGUUGCUGGGAGCCAGGGGAUGCUCACACACACACACACACACACCCCAUCCCAACCUGCCACCAAUGCAGUGUUUCGAGCACUGGUAGAGUGCAGAGCAGUGCGGCUGUUUGCUCCACACAUCACAGAUGUUGGGCAGUGCAGGUAAAACCUGUGCAGUUACUCCAGUGAAUGCAUCAAUUUCCUGCCUAAAACAUUCUUAAGGUGGCAACAUCCACGUGAAGUUGGGUGGUCAGGGAGCCAGAAAGACGCUGCCACACCCAACAGCAUCGGUUGUGCAAGUUAAACGUGACACAGCCAUUCCCAGGGCAACCAGCCUUGGUGUGGUUGAAAAUGCAGUGCUUACAAACCAAAAGUCUCGGUUGCUUUCUGCUCUUAGACCAGAAAAUGACUGCCAAAGGUCAGAACAUGAGUCACCAAGGCAGCCUUUGAUGAAGGACAAUAUUGAAUAAGGUUUUGGGAGGCUCACUUGUCUGUGCCCUUUUAGAUCCUGCGAGACAAUCUCAUCUCCAAUAAACAGUCCCAGCUUCUGGGUUCUCCCCUCACUAGCCGUGAGGCCCAAUGCCAGGCACUAAUAGAGUUGCAUUACCCCCAUACCCUUUUUUGUUCCCCCCAAAUUGUGUUUCAUGACAAAUCCUGCAAUUUCAGGUCACAAAUUGUAAGUGGCAACAAAUGUAGCAAAUCCUGAAUUUUCAAUCCCCAUCAUGACGUUUAUCAGAAGUGUAACAAGCGCUGGGUAGUGGAGGACAGGCAUACCGUGCUGUGUUUGCUUGUUAGCUUGUUAUGCUCAUGGUGGAAGCGGAACAGUGCGUCACUCCACUGUUGUCUUUUAUGCUCAGUGUUAUUUCACAGUUUGCAAGUUGCACGCGUGUGUGUGUAUACAUGCAUGAGUGUGUCCCGACAGAGAUUGCAUGGGGCAGAGGCAGAAAAUAAUGUAUUGGGUAAAUCCUGUGGAAGACAAUGAGAAAUGUAAUUAUGAACUUUUUUUUGUAAAGGAGGGUUGAUUUCAGGAGGGGAGAGAAUGUGUGCACCUCUUUCAAAACAAGCUGGAGUGUAAACCAGAAUGGAAGGAGAUUAGAACAGGGGACGGACAGACAGGAUUCUUCCGUCCCUAUGAGCGCCACCCUGGGGAGGGAGGUAGCUGAGAGUGUUGAAUGUGUUCUUACUGGGAACAUUAUUUUCAAUUUAAUUGUACCAGUAUUUUAUAUCUUUUAAAUAAAU